CAUGCUGUCAAUCAACGGUUACGCACACAGCAAGCAAGCCCAUGCAGGACCAGCUGUGCUUUGGGAGACGCUGCGAUUCAAACUCCGGACACGAGCUUUAACCUGUGCAAGACCUGCAAAACAUCCAUAACCAUGAAGUUGCUUCUGGCUGGACUGGUUCUGCUUCUGAUUGUGGAAAUCAACGCUCAGCUGUACAACUUCCCUGCUGAAGCGACUCAAGGAGAGUUGGAUAUGGCAAAUGCCUACGAUGACAGGGAGGAUGCCAACUGGAAAGGCUCCAAUACAUACAACCAUCAGGUUGCAGUGAAAGGAGCAGGAUUAUGGACAGAUUAUGGACACAUCAGACAGCCAAAGAGUGGUCACAGGGGGUGAUGGGUUGUGGUGCUGAAGACACUGAUGCUGAUCAACAGGCAAACCGUUUGGAGGGAAACGAUCCCAACCAUUUCAGGCCAGAAGGUCUUCCUGACAAAUACUGAGAAUAAAAGUCACUGGCCUAAAAUAAAACUGUUGAAGAAU